AGGGGCACUCGGUAAGGGGCUGACAGUAGCUGCUCUGUGUUGAUCCUUAGACAAAUCCCACAUUUAUCGUUGGCGUGGUUAUGCAAGCAGCACAGUUACAUAAUCGGAAUCUAAAAAUACAGGGAAAAGCCCUGUGCGCAUGUAACUGUACCUUAACGUGUCUGAAGCAAACAGAAGGCAGCGCGGAAAGGUAACUGUUGCGGGCGCAGGUAGGAACCAGAGUAAGAAAUUGCUCUCUGCUGUUUCGACUUGUGCUUCCUCUUUGUUUGUUUUCAGAUGGUCUUAAAUGUCUGAUAGCUCUGGGCUUCCAAAUGUCCGUAUUACACGGUGAUAUUGAGAUAUAUAUGUGUGGUCAUACGGUAUAAACCAGGGUCCAGUGGAAUUAGGACACUCAAAAAAAAAUUCCAAAGGUUUUUAUAAAAAUCUUCUAUUCAACAGUGUAUCAUGGCAACAUGCAAAAUCUUCUGGACAAGGAGGUGAUCAGAAAUACAAUUUUAAAAAUCAGCACAAAAAAAAGUAGUAAAGAUGUGUUACCGAAAGUGAUUUUCAGUGCAUUUUUCAUUACAGUAAAAAUAUCCAUUUUACGGAACUGUCAAAAGUAGGGCAGACUGGUGACACUGUCUAUAAUCUUUCUAAAAAUUACACAGGAGUCCUGCUAGGAAAACAAACACAACUGAACAGUGCUGAAAAGCCAAGGGGAAGAGUAAAAUAUUAAACUGAGACCGAUUUUUUAGAAAACAGGCCUAAUGUGCGCUGGUGCCCAUGUGUUUUAGAGGGCGAGAGGGUGGGUGGGGGUGCCCGGCAGUGUGCAGGGACACACCGACCAAGUGGUCCUCGUGGAAUGGCAGAGCAAGGGCUCUGCAGACCCCGGCUGCACCAGGGGGGAGCCGGGCCCCCCUCGCAGCGGGCUCUGCAGAGUGUGACGCAGGGAGAGGAAAGGCUCUCUGGGAUUGAAUGAAAACCACUCAGCCUCUGGUAGAGGUUAGGAUUCCAAUGGGGCUGCUCUGCACUAGAGAGGCUGUCCUGAAGGAGAGAUAUGCUGCAUGCUGCACCACUGUAGAUACACCCGGUGGUGAGGGGGCUGUAGGAGAUAUCUCCUCCCCUGCCCUGCUCCCACCACCCCACCCCACCCAUGCCAGUGCUCCGCAGUAGGGCUAUGGUGAUCGUUUCUCCCUCUCCCUAAGUGACACUUCCAUUUACAGUGGUGAGUGCCAUUGCAGGCCCUAGGGAAGAGGACCGAAGUGACCGUGAUCUUCAACCUCCCUUCUCAAGGUUAGAUAAGGAGAACGGUUGACUGGGAGCAAUCUGGUUGAAGAGCCUGUUGGAAAGCCACCAGCAGCUGUUGCAACAGAUGGUGUCUAAAGAACAACAGCACCCACCGCUGAUUGGGAACUGCUGGCCCUGCUGCAGCAGCAGGGCUCGUUCGACGCGUUCCGACUUUCCUACAACCUCCAGACUUUCAGGGAUGUGGGAGGCGUUCAGCCCUCUUGCCUCAGGGGGUGCUGGGGUAUCACCUGGCUUCCUGGGAGAAACACCCACCGGGUUUGUGUUUUCAUGGGGGGCAGCCUGGGUGGGGAGGAGCAGGUGGGGUUUGCUUGUGGUUCAAGACUGACACAGUGCCGGUGGCCACCAGACUGUCUGGGUAUUGGGGGAGAUAGAUAGAUACACACUAACGCUGCAGAGAAGAUAAAUGCCUGGGAAGUUCUCCCUACUAUUGAGGUCUUCCUGUAAUAUUUUAAGACAUCUUAAAGUAAUAUUUAGGGGGAUGGGGGCUUUCUGUUCCGCAGAGCCAAGAAUCACUUGAGACACUUGUACAUACCAGCUCCUCUGGAGAAAGCACAAGCCCAGGGUGCCGAUCUAGUUUUGUUUGUUCUGUCACUGGUGAGUUUACCUGAUAACAGUGUGCUACAGAUAAAUACAAGCAGUGUGAAAUAAAUAUACAUUCUCUUUUCUCUGCCGCUGUGCAGGGAUCCAGCUUUGGCUCUGCUGGUAUCACACAUGCAUAACCUGGGUCUCUUUGGCCAGAAAAGGGCCACAGAGGUCUCAGGGCUUCUGAAGAUCACAGUUCACAUCAUUGCCAAGUGACAGCAAUGUAGCUUUAGCAGCCACAUUAAUGAGACUCAUUACUAAUGAUCUGGUUCUUUUGCUUUUUUCCAGGGCUGCCUCCUCCUGGGGGAGAAUGGUCUCUGAGGACAGAUUGGGCUUUCAUAAAGGCAACUGCAUACAUCUUACAUUGAGUUAAUUAUUCUGUUCCCAAACCAGCUGUGGAGUAGUGUACUGGGAACCUUACAAUUUAAAGCACUUACAACCUCAAAAUAGCCUCUUAUUCAUAUGUAGUCCAUCAAGGAUAGUAUUACAUGACUAUUAUGUGGUAGGCAAGGGAAAAUCAGGGCAUUUGGAGGUCAUAGAGAGGAGUCCAUGUAAUGCAGUGCAUGAAGAGGCCUCAGUGCAUUUCUCUAAACCAGUUUAUAUUUAGAAGGGCAUGGUCAGCAUAUACCAGGGUUUCUUCUAGCAUGUGUAGAAUUUUCUGCAGGCUUUCUCUCCAAAUAACCUUUGAGAAGGCUCUUCAAACACUGAUGAAGGUGCUGCCUAAUGAGGUGAGUAACAGAAGAUAAUGUUAAUCAGUGCUGGCUGAAGACUUGGAGAAAAAGAUGUGCCAAAAUACCAAAUGUGGGUUUGUUUCUAUAUUAUACUUUUGUUUUAUUCAUUGUUGAAGUCCUUUCAUGAGGUAUCAUUUUACCUGAAAUAUCAAAAGCCCUAUAAGAUAUUCUGAAUUACUUCCAACCGUCCCCAAUGAAAGUAUGACUUUUAGGUAGGGAAAAAAAAGCUAAUUUCAUCUUUUGCCCUCUAACGUACUCAGCACAGUAGGGAAGAGGUGAUACUUAGCCCUCCUACUAGCCAUUGCCUUCCUGUGUGAGUAAAGAAAUUAACUUCAAUCUACCACUGGAGGGAAAGUCCUGUUGUGAAUAAGCAAUGGUGGUGUUUGGAAGAUUUGAGAUGCUUUUGAAGAUACACCUUCAGCCUCACCCAGCUCAACCCACUCACGCUGGCAAACAUCAGUCUUCAGAGCUCUUGCUCAACAUAAUCCUUUACUGUACAGCUCCGUCUCUCAUUUAUUUUUCCUUUCUGUAUUUUCACCUUCAAGACAGAUUUUAAUGAUUUCUGUCUUAAUAAGAAGUUUUAUCUGAGUAAAAACAUUGAACCUCUUUGUUUGCUCUGGAUUUUUAUCCUUCACUAAAAUCUCUUUAGUAAAUCUGAUUCUGUUCUGACAUUUUCUGUGGAACCCCACUGGCCGUGAGUGAGGGUAGAAUUUGGCUCUAUUUAAGAAGAGUAGGUGUUAAAGAAAGAGAGGCUUUAGCCUCACCCAACUUUGUCUAAUGUAGCUCAUGCUUGCAGUUUCUCUGGGAGAACAUCUUCACAGAUACACAGACAUACAAGCAUGGUCCCUUUAUGUGAUUUUUUUUUUUAUCCUUUCUCAAGUAUCAGUCUUGUGAAAAUAAUGUCUUGAUGGGUAAAUUUCUACUGCAGCCAUUAUGUUCUUUUGUAAUAAUUGAGCAGGCAUAGUGCUUUGAUCUAAUAUUGAAGAGAUUAACUUGCCUUUAGAGAUUCUAUCCCACUAUCUUUUUCAGACUGGAUAAACAGGAAUCCUUGCAUCAUUUUCUCUUUCUUGAGUAACUAAUUAAGGACAAUUAUACUUUAUAAACAUAAUUCCUUAAUAGAUAAAGAAAAGCGAAAGUGAUACUUGUAUUUUAAAGCCUCACUUGGAGGUAAGAAAAGCUAGAUGUGUUAAAGGGAAUCACAGUAACUGACACCAUCAUGGUUGCAUAGCAAUGUUCAUUUUAACCUCUCUUUCACCAGGAGCUUCUGAUUUUUUGCCCUCUUUACCUUCAAGUUGAAUAUUUUCAGGUUUGUGCUCUUUAUCCUUUACAAACCAGUAAUAAAACCAAUCUGAAAUACUCUGAAAAAACUCUAGAUAGCAAACUGGGGAAAAAACACGUUUUAAGAAAAUUCCUCUGAAUAUUUGGGUUUUUUUAAGUUCUUGUUUUUGAAGGAUUAGGGGUAGAACGUGUUUUUCUGGACAGCAGCAAAUCUGAAUAUAAGUAUUGCAGUGAAAUCAGUUUCACUGUGAUGAAGAAUAGCAUACUGGGUGCCUGCAUAUUUCAUGUGUUUUCCGUGGUCAGAAUCCACCACUUUCCCACCUACCUGGGGCUCGCAGCAAGAGGAAAGGACAACUUGUCCUUUGCAAGGGUUGCAGGACUGAACCCUCACAAACUGCUAAGGAAAUUGUUUCGUUUGUGUGUGCCGAGUGUUUUCCAGAGCACAAAUUGGUGCUCACUGUUAGUAAGCUGAAAGGAGGGAUGCUUGGCAUGGACAAAGGAAAGAUUGCUGUUGCACUCAUGUUGAACUUCCAUGCUUUUAAACAGCUGAUACAUUUUCACGUCUGGAUUCCAGCCACAUAGGCUAAUUUUCUCUGACAAGAAGCUGCAGGAGAACUUUUGGAAUUAAGCCUUCAUUUGGUACUCGCACUAAUGCCUGGAAAAUACACUGCAAAUUACCGUCCUUUCUCAGCCAGACUGCAAGUCAGAUGUUGCCCCUGUGACCGGUUUGCGUAAUGUGUCUCACCACCUGGGGAGUCCCAGGAGGAGAAAGAACCCUGGUUCCCUGAUAAGGCACGUGUCCCAGGAGGGCAGUGGGGUCCUGGAAGGGAAAGCGGCUGCUGAAUGGCAGGACUAGAGCAGGACUUGCAGCUGACAGAAGGUAGGGCACCAGCACUGAGAGAGGGAGCAACACAGAGCCAGCUCCAGCCAGCGGACAGAGAGCAGACAGCAGCUGCAACAAGUCCAGGCUGCUGGGCACCUCGGAGCCAAAUAGCCCUCUCCCAGCCACCCUCUCUGGCUCUUUUUUAUUAUUCUGGGGGUCCCUGCUAAAGCAUCUCAAUUCAGCCCAGUGGCUCCCUGCAGCCCAGGCUACGCCUGCUGCCUUUCAUCUCAUGUCUGCCCUGCUCUCCUACCGUGCUGCACACCCUUAGCUUCCUAGCAACACCUGAGUCCAUGGGGGAGCGUGCAUCUACCUAUUUUGAGAAUCCUUGCCUAGUGGUUUUCAGUCUCAGGGGUGGGAGGAGAUGGAAGGUGGAAGCAGGGAAAAGGAGCUGGAAGAUGGCUGCUUAAUCAGUGGGGGAACAGCACACACAGCCGGUGCCUUUAGGGAUCCGUGAGCCACUACCGAGAGCAUAAGAUGACUCACAGAGUUACAAACCCAUAUACCCAGCAGCUACACUUCUGUCCUACUGAGUUCUGCCCACCUAGUGCCCUCAAACGUGUGUCUUUUGCUACAGGGUAGGGAACUUCCACAGCACUUUAAAUCCUUCCUCUCUCCUUCCCUCACGCCCACCUUUGCAAAAGGACUGCAGUGGUUCAGCUGCGCUCUGGCCUGGGGUGAGGGCAAGGGAGAUCUCUCCUUUGAAAGUGGGGAAAAAACAGACAGAAAGGCAAGAGUAAUGCACUGCAGCAUGUGGUUUACUUAAUGUAGCUUAGUGUUAAUUAUUUAUGAUAAUUCAUGAUCUUCCCUAGUAUAUUGCCUAAUGAUAUCUGUCAUUGUAACAACAGUUAAUAAACAACUCCCAGGCCUGCAUGCAACCAGAUCUACUGCAUUAUAAUGAAAAAUGUUUAAUAUUUCCUUUUUAAUAUUAUUAUUAGCCUACCCUUUCCAGUAUUUAUUCUCCAUAGAUUUCUGCAUCUCGUUGCUUCCUUCCCUUCCCUCUCUCCUCCCUCCCUUCUCUCCCAUUAAGCCCAAGACACUGACGUGUGUUGUCAUUCACUAACUGUACACGAGUGCUACUGUACUAUUGCAAUGUGUUAUAAAUAGCACAGAUUCAAGAGUACAGUUCAUUCUGAAAAAUUAUCUUUAGCGAUGACCUUUGAAACUCCAUCUUUCCUGUUUUUCACAGCAUGCUCUGGAUCAUGAUGCUCUUAAUUUGGUGCAGUUUAUUAAUUGCAAAAGAGCAUAGAGGCUGAGCAGUAAGCAGAGGAUUUAAACAAUGAGGUGGAUAAUUAAAAAGGAUUAAUGAGGUGGAUUAAAUAAAGGGAUUGAGGCCAAACAGAGCACAAAUUUUCUAAACAUCAGUGGCCCCAAAACUCUAGCAUCCAAGGGCAUGUCUCUCUUUCCACUUAGAUAUUUGCUUUUUAUCCAGAAGUGUCAGUCUUUCUUUCAUACCAGGUUUAUCAAUGCAGUCCAGGAAAGCUGAGCAGCAUCUAGUGUCUCCUCCUGUGGCCCUAAGUGCCCCUUCUAUCUAGUACAUGUUCCCCAACUGGUUUGCUUCCAAGCCAUUGCUGCACCUGUUUCCACUACCAUGUUAAAAAAAUCCAAAGAUGACACUAAUCCUGUGCCUCUGCAAGCUGGUGAAGUGGUUCUCAAGAAAACACUGGAAAGAUGGGGGAAAAGAAGGACUUGACUUGGAUUCUGAAGCAGUAAGAUCCUGCACAAUCCAUCUCUAAAGCUCCUUGGCCAACACCAAUCCAUGGAAGGGCUCCUCUAUAGGCAAGUCUGGAGCUCAACAAAUCCUAAAAAGACUGAUGGAAUUGUCCCCAAAUCCUGCUGUUGAAGGGUGGGUUUUAUUUCUUCCUCCUUCCCUUCAAGUCAGCAGUGAUUCCACUUCAAAUCUGUGCAAAGCCUUGGGGUGCCCACAGAAGGCUGUGCAGGUGGUUGCAGAAAUGGAGAGCCAUCCCCCAGAGCAGAAGGUGACAUCGUAGAUGGUCAGAGCGCCAGAUGCAGUACACACCACUGGAUCUGCUGAUACACAUCCUCUAAUGGAAAGCAAACUUAAAGCAUUCAGUAUUGGCAAAAUGAGUGCUGCCAAACGGACUCUGAGCAAGAAGGAGCAAGAAGAAUUAAAAAAGAAGGAGGAUGAGAAGGCUGCUGCAGAAAUUUAUGAAGAAUUCCUUGCUGCCUUUGAAGGAAGUGAUGGUAAUAAAGUGAAAACAUUUGUAAGAGGAGGAAUCGUUAAUGCAUCUAAAGAGGAGCAUGAAACAGAUGAAAAACGGGGUAAAAUUUAUAAGCCUUCAUCACGAUUUUCAGAUCAAAAAAAUCAACCAAGCCAGCCAUCUAAUGAGAAGCCUCCAUCCCUCUUAAUGAUAGAAACUAAAAAGCCUCCUUUGAAGAAAGGAGAGAAGGAAAAGAAAAAGAGUAAUUUGGAACUUUUUAAAGAAGAAUUAAAGCAAAUACAAGAGGAACGUGAUGAAAGACAUAAAACAAAAGGUAGAUUGAGUCGUUUUGAACCACCCCAGUCAGAUUCAGAUGGCCAGCGUCGUUCAAUGGAUGCUCCUUCAAGAAGAAACAGAUCAUCUGGUGUACUGGAUGAUUAUGCACCAGGGUCACAUGAUGUUGGAGAUCCAAGCACAACAAAUUUGUAUCUUGGAAACAUUAAUCCUCAAAUGAAUGAAGAGAUGUUAUGCCAAGAAUUUGGACGCUUUGGACCGUUAGCGAGUGUUAAAAUCAUGUGGCCAAGAACUGAUGAAGAAAGAGCAAGAGAAAGAAAUUGUGGCUUUGUUGCCUUUAUGAACAGGAGAGAUGCUGAAAGAGCAUUAAAGAAUUUAAAUGGCAAGAUGAUCAUGUCGUUUGAAAUGAAGUUAGGUUGGGGCAAAGCUGUACCUAUCCCACCACAUCCGAUAUACAUUCCGCCUUCUAUGAUGGAGCAUACCCUCCCGCCGCCUCCAUCAGGACUGCCUUUUAAUGCCCAGCCUAGGGAGAGAUUGAAGAAUCCUAAUGCUCCAAUGUUACCACCACCAAAAAACAAGGAAGAUUUUGAGAAGACUCUGUCGCAAGCCAUAGUCAAAGUGGUUAUCCCAACAGAAAGGAAUUUGCUCGCUUUGAUACAUCGAAUGAUAGAGUUUGUGGUACGGGAAGGGCCUAUGUUUGAAGCCAUGAUCAUGAACCGAGAAAUCAACAAUCCAAUGUUCAGGUUUUUAUUUGAAAACCAGACUCCAGCCCAUGUAUAUUAUAGAUGGAAGCUUUAUUCAAUUCUUCAGGGAGAUGCUCCAACCAAGUGGAGGACAGAAGAUUUCCGCAUGUUCAAAAAUGGAUCAUUUUGGAGGCCACCACCAUUGAAUCCAUACUUGCAUGGGAUGUCAGAAGAACAAGAAACGGAAGCGUUUGUAGAGGAACCGAACAAGAAGGGUGCACUUAAGGAAGAACAGAGGGACAAAUUAGAGGAAAUUCUGCGUGGAUUAACACCUCGGAAGAAUGAUAUUGGUGAUGCAAUGGUUUUCUGUCUGAAUAAUGCGGAAGCUGCUGAAGAAAUUGUGGACUGCAUUACAGAAUCAUUGUCCAUUCUGAAGACUCCUCUUCCUAAGAAGAUUGCAAGAUUAUAUCUAGUGUCGGAUGUGUUAUACAACUCUUCAGCUAAAGUUGCCAAUGCUUCCUACUAUAGAAAAUUUUUUGAAACAAAAUUAUGUCAGAUAUUCUCUGAUCUCAAUGCUACUUACCGUACAAUACAAGGCCAUUUACAGUCUGAAAAUUUCAAGCAACGGGUAAUGACAUGCUUCCGAGCAUGGGAAGACUGGGCGAUCUAUCCAGAACCAUUUUUGAUCAAACUACAGAACAUUUUCUUGGGGCUUGUAAAUAUCAUGGAAGAUAAAGAAACAGAGGAAGUACCAGAUGAUCUUGAUGGCGCUCCCAUUGAGGAAGAGCUUGAUGGUGCUCCACUAGAAGAUGUGGAUGGAAUUCCUAUUGAUGCUGCUCCUAUUGAUGAUCUGGAUGGAGUCCCAAUUAAAUCAUUGGAUGAUGAUCUUGAUGGAGUUCCUUUGGAUACGACUGAAGACUCAAAAAAGAAUGAGCCUAUAUUUAAAGUUGCCCCUUCAAAGUGGGAAGCAGUGGAUGAAUCAGAACUCGAAGCUCAAGCUGUUACCACUUCUAAGUGGGAGCUUUUUGACCAACAUGAAGAGUCUGAAGAGGAGGAAAUUCAAAAUCAAGAAGAAGAAAGUGAAGAUGAGGAGGACACUCAGAGUUCUAAGUCGGAAGAGCAACACAUGUAUUCCAAUCCUAUUAAAGAAGAAAUGCCUGAAUCCAAGUCUUCAGUCAAAUAUUCAGAAAUGAGUGAAGAAAAGCGUGCCAAACUCCGAGAGAUAGAGCUUAAGGUGAUGAAGUUUCAGGAUGAGUUAGAGUCUGGGAAAAGACCCAAGAAACCAGGCCAGAGUUUUCAGGAACAGGUUGAACACUAUAGAGACAAGCUGCUCCAGAGGGAAAAAGAAAAGGAGUUGGAAAGAGAACGGGACAGAGACAAAAAGGACAAGGAAAAAUCUGAAUCCAGGUCCAAAGAUAAGAAGGAAAAGGAGGAAUGUACACCAACAAGGAAAGAGAGGAAAAGACGACACAGUGCUUCACCUAGCCCAUCUCGCAGCAGUGGCAGUAGACGAGCAAAGUCUCCGUCACCAAAAUCAGAACGCUCGGAGCGCUCUGAACGGUCCCACAAAGAGAGUUCACGUUCUCGGUCAUCACAUAAAGAUUCUCCCAGAGAUGUCAGUAAAAAGGCCAAAAGGUCGCCAUCUGGCUCCAGGACACCCAAAAGAUCAAGAAGAUCACGAUCCAGAUCCCCUAAAAAGUCAGGGAAAAAAUCCAGGUCCCAGUCCCGUUCUCCUCACAGAUCUCACAAGAAGUCAAAGAAAAGCAAACACUGACAAUGUUAAUAUUUUUUAUGAUGCUGUCACUUACUGGAAAUGCGGUUUUGUUUUUGUGCCUGAACAGUCUGUUAAAAAAACAAAAAAGCAUUCCUGAUUAUUUUUUUUUGUGAAUGCACGUGUAUACUCAUGAGUAUCGGCAUCUGUAGACCUGUCAUUGUUUUAUAUUGUACAAAAUAUCUUCAUUGUGACUAUUUCCAAAAGAAACAUUUUUGUGUUUAGAAGUUUCAUCAGAAAUGCGUGUAACUGAUCUGCUGGCAGUAGUGAUACUUUGUUUUAGAAUGUUGUGACAUAGCAGAAAUAACUCAAAUGUUCCCCCUUUUUGUAGCUUUGACAAUUUGAAUUAGAUUUCAAAUAAAAUCUGAACAGAAAAUUAAGAUGUUGUUUUCUUGCCCCACUGGUGAUACCAGAUCUCUAAAGGAAUUCAUAGUUUGUUUGGAAGUACUGUGUAUUUCAGACACACUAUGGUGCUUGGAUCGUUCAGUGUAGUGGUAGCUCUGUUCCUGUUUUCACUAGUUUGACUAUUCAGAUAAAAGCACCUUUGAAUCCAGUGGACGGGUUUUCUUUCCUACCGAGAUACUUUACUGUAAGAGCAGUUGAACAGUCUGGUACCUACCAUGAUAAGCUUUACAAGUAAAUCUUUGCUUCGUGUUUCUCCAUUUUAAUUGCAGGGAAUAUUUGUGACACCAGAGUAAUGUUUUUGUUUGCUUUUUAAAAAGGGCCUCUGCAGAGAUGCAUCAUAUGUAUGUGUGCAUAUAUCAUACAUAUAUGAUGUAUCAAUAACAAGCCAUAUUUAUGGCAUGUAUGGGGAACAAUAAAAGGACAGUAAGCCUGAGGCUCUAUGACUUCUUCCUAAAGUAUAGGUACAAUAAUUGCAACCUAUAGUACAGUGUUGUUUUCUAAAACUGAUUUUUACUCCAAAAGGACAGCUUUUACAUUAUUUUAUUGAAUUUCUUCCUCUGUUGUGGAAAUGCUUCAAAAUGGGAAAAAAAUAAAUUUU